AUGUGGUUGUUCUUUUACCACACAGGACUUAUCACUGACCUAGGAUACUACACUCGCCCACUCUGGGACUCCAAUCCACAGUCAUUUAACCUGAUACCUCACUACUACGCCGAAGACGUGCCUAUGAAAGAUCUCUGUAAGCUUCAUGGAUGGACCUUAAAAAAGAAAGAAGACCGCCCACGAGUCUUUGACGCCAUCAUUUUCAGUGUCGAGCUAGACUUACUAGAGAUCCGUAUCCACGAACUCUGGGACACCGUUGAUAUUUUUAUCAUCCUGGAAUCCAAUGCAACAUUCACAGGUUCUCCAAAAGAACUUGUCUUUAAGGAUAACAAGGAACGAUUUGCAUUCGGGUCCUCGAAAAUCCGCCACUAUGUCAUCGACCAAUUUGCGUUGCCACCCGGAGAAGGUCCCUUUUGGAAUGAGAAUGAGAUGCGGAGAGAGAUGAACAAUGUUUUUAUAAAAGAGGAUGUCCAAAAGGGUGAUUUGAUUCUGAUGUCAGAUGUCGAUGAGAUCGUGCGUUCGAAAUCUCUUGAAAUCCUAAAGAGCUGUGCUGGAGUGCCUGAAUUACUGCAUCUCCAGUUACGAAACUACCUUUAUUCAUUCGAGUUUCUUUUUGAUGAUCAAUCGUGGCGUGCUCAUGUCGAGACAUUUAUACCCGGCCAGACUAUAUACCGCCAUGGACAAGUUACUCAAGAUUGCCUUGUAGAUGCAGGCUGGCACUGCUCAUUCUGUUUUAGAACGAUAAAGGAAUUCCAGUUCAAGAUGCAGAGUUAUUCGCAUGCUGAUCGUGUCAGGAACCCUGGAUUAUUGGAAGCUGACCGGAUCCAGAAAGUGAUCUGUGAUGGUGGCGAAAUCUUUGACAUGCCACCCGAAGCCUACAACUACAGAGAAUUGAUUUCGAAAAUUGGAAAUAUACCCAAAGAUCUUUCUGCUGUUGGCUUACCGAGCUUCCUUUUAAAGAAUGCCCAGAAAUUCAAGUUUCUCAUGCCAGGAGGGUGUAUUCGCGAUGAUGUAGAUACAUAUUGA